CGGAAAGAACUUGCCUGUAUACACGUCAGGCAUGAAUGCGAGGAGUGGGGGCACUGACCUACAAGUAGUUCCCUGAGAAACUAACGGUGCAGGGUACUGACCUUACCAUUCUGGGCCUGUGUCUGCCCCCUGCCAUUACACUUUAUCAUAAGCGAGCAGCACAGAGGUUUGGUGCGGGAGGAUACAGAUCAGCAGUGUCACCAUGAUGUGCACUCUACGCUCCUUCUUGGCCACUGGGAAAUUGGCAUCAACAGCUGCUUCUGCCUGGCGGGAUCCGGCUGCUUUGGCUCAGAUGCGAGCGAUGUAUGCAACUGGCCAACGUCAGGAAGACACAACUUUUUAUGAAUUUCGCACUUAUUCUGUAAAACCUGCAAUGAUGAGUGAUUUCAUGAAGCUCACUAAUGAAAACAUUCACAUGCGCACAGCACACUCAGAGUUGGUCGGCUACUGGACGCUAGAGUUUGGAGGCCUAAAUAAGCUGUUCCAUAUCUGGAAAUACGACAGCUUUGCCCACAGAGCAGCUGUUAGAGCAAAGCUUGCCCAAGACAGAGACUGGCUGGACAAAUAUUUAUUAAAAAUGUUACCCAUGCUGGACAAUCAGGACAAUGAAGUUGCUUACUUGGUGCCUUGGUGCAAAUUACAGAAGCCAGAAACUGAAGGGGUUUAUGAGUUGGUCAGCUUUCAGUUUAAGCCUGGAGGGCCAGCAGUUUGGGGUCAUGCCUUCAGAGCAGCAAUUUCAACUCACGUGAACACUGGCUACACUAAGCUUGUUGGUGUGUUCAACACAGAGUAUGGAUCACUCAACCAAGUGCAUGUGCUGUGGUGGAAUGAGAAUGCUGACAGUCGGGCGUCUGGCAGACAUAGGGCACAUGAAGAUGGUAGAGUGGUAGCAGCAGUCAGAGAGAGUUCAAGAUUCCUGGAGUCUCAGAGGAACCUGCUGCUGCUCCCAACCCAGUUCUCACCCAUGAAAUAAUGUGCCGCAGUUAUCCUACAGAUCCUUGCUCUCAGGUGUAGAAGUAGGUCAAGUGUGAACUUUAGUUAUUUGUGAAAGAUCUGGCCUUGCUGAAAUCUCAAAAAAACGUUCUACUAAUAAUGUAUUUGUUUCAAAUAAAGCUCUAAAACUCCAA